AUGAGUCACCGCCCUCGAGUCUCUUGUCCUAUUGCAGGCUGUUCCAAGACCUUUUCACGCCCAGCGGAUAAGUCUCGCCAUAUAGAUGAAGUUCAUGGUGAUCUCAAGCAAUGUCCAGUCGAAGGUUGUGGUUGGCAAAAUGCCAAACGUAAAGGUCGACUUGAAGCACAUAUGAAGAAGAAGCACCAGGAGCUCGUCAGUGUUCCCCUUGACAUUUCUGCCCUCUCGACCCAGCAACAGCAACAACAGCAGCAGCAAGCAGCAUCAACUUACGCAUAUGCGAGUGGGCAAUCGACAAGUUAUCAAUAUCCAAACACUACUGCUAUGGGCACCGCAUACGACAACGGGCAAUCAAUGCAAUCGGCAGCUACCUACACCCAACCACUACAAUACUAUUACCCUCCCACGACUCAGCCAGCAACGUACGGAGAUGGGACCCAGAUCACAGUGGAUGAAGGUGUUGGAAACCAAGAUUCGGGCUAUAUCCAGGACGAAGAUGUCUCUGAAGAUGCCAACGAUCAACAGUACCAACAGAACUAUUGGCAUGCUGAAGAUUAG